AUGCCACCUCCACGAACUGUGAAAGAACUCCAGAGCUUCAUGGGUAGGGUAAACUACAUCCGACGUUUCAUAUCAGGUUUAGCUCAAUUGGUUGCCUCGUUCACUCCCUUGCUGAAGAAAGGGGCAAGAAGACCGUUAUGUCUCUACACUGCUUUUAGUGAUACUACUGUCGAAGCCCUCCUCGCCCAAGAAGAUGGGGAAGGAACUGAGCACCCUAUAUAUUACUUCAGUCGGAAUUUGAGCGAUGCUGAACUUAGAUACCCUAAAGCAGAAAAAACGUUCCUAGAUCUGAUUCAUUCCAUUCAGAAGUUCAGGCAUUAUUUGCUUUCAAACAAAGUGGUGCUGAUAUCCAGGUAUGAUCCCGUGAAGUUGUUGCUUUCAAAACCAGCCCUGAUAGGAAGGCCAGCCAAAUGGCUCCUCCAAAUGUCAGAGUUUGAUAUAACGUGUGCUUCCCUAGCUAUCAAGGGACAAGCGGUCGCAGAUUUACUCGCAGCUUUUCGGGGGGAAGGUACCACAGCACUGCACGAAGAUCUUCUUGGAGAGUUUAUGGAAGUCUCUUUUGCCAAGGAAGAGGCAUGGAUACUAUUCUUCGAUGGCUCCGCCACCCCUAGCAAUAAUACCGGAGGAGCAGGGUUAUCAUUAGCCAAGCAAGCUGGAGCUACGCGUCUGGAAAUAUGGGGUGAUUCUAAGUUGCUGGUUAACCAGAUGAAUGGAGUAUAUGCGCUAAAAGAGGUAACGCUGGCCCCGUAUAGAUCUGAAGCGCAAAAGCUGCUAAAUUACUUCGCUGACGCAAUCAUAACGCAUAUUGGCCGUAAUAACAACAAACAUGCUGACUACCUAGCCAGAUUAGCAUCAAAGAUGCAGUUCGAGGGUUUGGAAGAAACCUUGACAGUGAAGAGACGAACCAUGGCAUCAACAUGGAUUUCACGAUCCAAGGAGACUGAAGCCAACGACUGGAGAACACCGAUUAUUCAAGAACUUAACAUGUCGCUUUCUCAAGGGAAAAUCAGCCUCAAAACCUUACAAAACUUCUUCAUGCUUCACGGGAUGUUAUAUCAUCGGAACCCAGAUGGUUCCCUAUCAAGAUGCCUCGGAGAUGAAGAGGCACAUCAGCAGCUUAACCAUAUUCAUAACGAAGUUUGUGGGCAAACGCUGGUAGUGACACUUUACUGUCGUCUGCAACGCCUUGGCUACUACUGGCCAGAAAUGGAGACUCAAUAUCGUUUGCUCCAAGGAUCUUGUUCCAAUUUCCAAGCACCACCGCAUCAAAUUGAAGUUUUCAAUGUUAACCACGCUGGGGACUGGCAGAAGCCGUACAUCAGUUAUCUUCGCGACGGCGUACUUCCUACCAGCAAGAGAGAUGCAACCAGGGUAAAGCAAAUAUCUAAAAGAUUCAUACUUCACGAAGGAAUCCUGUAUCGUAAAAGCUUUGGGGGAGACUUAUUACGAUGCCUGGGCGAGGCAGAAAUCCCAAUCAUGUUGAAAUGA